UCGUACCACGCGCCAGUGCUGCCGGCUCCAGUACCACGCGCGGACGUUACACAGACACAAUGACCACCAGUGCAUUCACGAUCCUAGCCCUCUGCGUUGCCUAUGCGCAUGCAGGAAUUCUUCUACAAAAUGCACCAGCUUGUCCCGAGCAAUACGGAGUUCAAGCAUACGCGCACCCAGAGCUCUGCGACCAGUUCUUCCUCUGCACAAACGGCACGCUCACCGUAGAGACGUGUGAGAAUGGACUGCUGUUCGAUGGCAAAGGUGCUGUACACAACCACUGCAACUACCACUGGGCUGUCGACUGUGGAGAGAGGAAGGCUGACUUGACCCCAUACUCGUCACCCGGCUGUGAAUACCAGUUCGGAAUCUACCCAGACAGCGCGGAAUGUUCCACCAGCUACAUUAAGUGCGCCUUCGGAGUACCCCACCAAGAGCCUUGCACGCCCGGACUCGUGUACGACGAACGUACCCACGGAUGCAACUGGCCCGACCUUCUCCAGCCGUUCUGUAACCCUGAAGCUGUCGUUGGCUUCAAAUGCCCAACAAAGGUGCCAGCGAACACUCAGUCUGCCAAGUUCUGGCCAUUCCCCCGCUUCCCUGUCCCCGGUGACUGCUACAGACUGAUCACAUGCGUUGAAGGCAACCCUCGUCUGAUCACCUGCGGAGAAGGCAAGGUCUUCGACGACCAAAACCUCACAUGCGAAGACCCGGAACUGGUUCCACACUGUGCCCAUGCGUAAUUGUAACAAAUAAAAUUAUUAUUAAACGAAAACGAACAUUGCAACCUAAAUUUUCAAAUUAUUAAAACAAUUUGUUUAAUAAAUUUAACCUUGGAAUUCUCAAUAUAUUGAACUUUUAAACA